CUUGAGCCAAUCUGCUUUGCCCAGCAGGUGAUUAUUAUUCAGAGCGGUCUGCCUGUAUUCUUUCCUUUCCAGAGCUCCACACUGCUGAUUCAGUGCCUUAUUCAGUCGUCUCUCUCUACGUUGCUGUAGCUGGAUCCCUUUCCCUUCCAGCCUUUGAGCUUUUGCAUCUUCCACCAUGUCUAAAACAGCAAUCGCUUACAAAGAGAAAAUGAAGGAGCUCUCUAUGCUCUCGCUGAUAUGUUCCUGCUUUUAUUCUGAACCACAUGCUACCACCCUUUACAGCUAUGAUGACAUGGAAGUUAAGCAAAUCAACAAGCGUGCCUCAGGUCAGUCCUUUGAGGUGAUCUUAAAGCCACCUUCUCCUGAAGCAGCUCCAGUGCUGGACCGUGCUCUGUCACCUCCUAAGAAGGAUCUCUCCCUGGAUGAGAUCCAGAAGAAGCUUGAGGCUGCUGAAGAUAGGAGGAAGUCUCAGGAAGCCCAGAUCCUGAAGCAACUUGCAGAAAAGAGAGAGCAUGAGCGAGAGGUGUUGCAAAAGGCUGUGGAAGAGAAUAAUAAUUUCAGCAGGACUGCAGAGGAGAAACUGAUUCUAAAGAUGGAACUGAACAAGGAAAACCGCGAGGCUCAUUUAGCUGCACUUAUGGAACGUCUGCGUGAGAGGGAGAGGCAUGCUACAGAGGUUCGCAGGAACAAGGAACUCCGGGAAGAGAUCUCUGGCUGAGAGCUGAUGCCUGACGCAUUUCACCAUCCUGAACAAACCCUCCUGCCCUUAUAUCCUGGAUAGUGAUGUAUUAGUAUGGGAUUCAUUUAAAAAAAAGUCAACAAAUCAACUUACUAUAAUCGAAACGUAACUUAAAAGACACAAACAAAAGUGAGCCAAUCAAUUUGCAGCUUUGAUGUGGAAACACAACUUUAUUGGGGUCUUAUUUUGUAAAUACCUACUUUUUUUUGUUAAAGAUCUUGAGUACUACGUUAUGCAAGCCGUUCAUAUCUGAUGUGUCCUGUGACAGGCUCUUGAUGUUGUCUCUUUCCACUGAUUUGACUUUGCUAGAUCUGCUCUUCAGAAGCUCUGCCGAGAAAACCUGACAGGAGCAUCAAGGUCAGAUAGUCAAUGGUGCUAGUGACCUCUCCAUGUUCAUCAACCCAGAAACCACAUGUUCUGUAUACACAACAUAUGCUGACCUUGACCCUUCACUCUCAAGCAACAUGGUCUGUUGGUUUUACAAUUCCUACUGGUUUGUGAGCAGAGCAUUUCCCUGGUUUUGAGGGAGGGGGAGGGGGAUUUGUGCCAAGUACAAGCACCCAAUACUUUACACGUUAGUCCCAGCUGUUAAAGUUCUUACCUAGAAGGUUGCUGCCUGCUUAUUCUAAUCUUCAUUAGUGGUAUUUUCAUGUAUGUCAUUGUGAGCAAGCUGUGAUAUUAAAGAAUGGAGUUCUGUGAA